UCAAAACAUUUGGAGAUAAAUGCGUAAACCAAUGUCACUGUGCAGACGAACUAUCUUGCAAUAGAAUUACAGGCAAAUGUGUAACUAAUGAGUGUUUAUCUGGAUGGAAAGGAAGUUCGUGUAAUGAACAGUGUGGCCAUGAUAGAUUCGGUGAGAACUGUUCACGUACCUGCCACUGCAAACAUAAUGCGACUUGUGACAAUCAAAGUGGAGUGUGUCCCGAUGGAUGUGAAUCUGAAUGGAGAGGAGCCUCAUGUGAUGAAGACAGGAAUAUCUUAAGAACUAUGACAGAACCGGCCAACACGAGUAUGUCAUCGACGGUUCAUAACUGGACAUCAGAUCUUGCUAUUGAUGGUAAUGUUGGCCCAGACCCUGACGCCUGUCACUGCUGUAGCGGCACACAAAACUCUCAAACAUCAUGGUGGAUGGUAGAUAUGGGCAAACGAUUCCCAGUAAAUCUCAUUACGGUGUACAGCAGACGUAACGAACAAACGUUUCAGCAACUGACAGAUUUUCAACUUUACUUUGCCAACGGCACCAAGACAUAUUCAUAUGUUUUAAUCGGAAACAAUACUAGAAAGAUUUUAGGCACCAAGCAUGAACUAACAUUUCCAAGUAUUGUAACAAGAUACAUCAAAAUACAGAGGCCCGGCAUAUUGACAUUGUGCGAAGUUCGUGUUUACGGAGGAGAAUGUCCGGUUGGAACGUUCGGGGACGAAUGCCUACAAAGAUGUCACUGUGCAGAUGAGCGAGCAUGUGAUGAAAUAACAGGUCGUUGCCGGUCACCUGCCUGCAAAACAGGAUGGAUUGGGAUAGCAUGCAACAAACGUGAGAAAAUAGAAUUACGUAAAGCUUUGUGUUAUCAACUUUACAUGUCGCAAAUAAAUGCAAAUCUGAUUUUCCAGAAUGUCCACAAGAUACCUUUGGAGAUAAAUGCUAUGAGAAAUGUUUCUGUGCGGAUGGUACAUGUACCAACAAUUAUGGUAUAUGCCGUGGACAAUGUCGAUCCGGAUACACUGGUUCUCACUGUAAUGAAGAUGGAAGAUAUGAAUGGGGAAGAGGUAAAGAAAAUGGUGUUGGAGGAACAAAGCAGGGCAAUACCCAGGAACGGCCGCGGGCUAAAACAACUGUUGGCAGCUUAA